AAUACAUCCUGCUCCAUAUAUGUGUGGGAGUAAAGCUGAUUCGAAAAAUGUCAUUUUGACUCACUUGCAAUUUGAACCAGCACUUCCUUCCCUUUUCCAGUACUGAAACACUUCAAUCAUAUCAACUGCAAACAUGGCCUUCGAGAUCACACCCAUGCGAGACGAUGAAAUCGAUGUCUACAACAAGAUCUGCUGGGACGCUUUCACUUCAGUCCCAGACAGUCUAGCACUACUCCUCUACCCUGGAGGAUACACAGAGGCCGUACAGAAGUAUAUGCGCAACAACACCAUCGACUCCCUCUCCGACAAAUCCACCUCUUACAUCUUCGUCCGCGACAUCAAUACGAAGCAAGUCCUAGCAGUAGCUUGCUGGUCCUUUCAAACCACAGAUCUAACCAUCCAAGAAGUAUUGGACAAGGAAGAAAAGGCAAGGAAGGAACGCGCGGAGCAGGAACCCAUCCCCGGUGUCGAUUCCGCCGUGAUGAACGACUUUCGUGAAACAGCGGCGAGACUGCAGAGGGAGAAUUUGGGUGGCAAGGCACAUGCAUUGUUGAAAGUGCUUGUUACGCAUCCGGAUGCUCAAAGACGGGGCGCCGGUGCUGCUGCGUUGAAAUGGGGGUUGAAGAAGGCGGAUGAGUUGGGUGUACCGGCGUAUCUUGAGGCUUCGCGUGUGGGUAGACCCUUGUAUGCUAAGCAUGGGUUCAAAGAGAUUUGUGAACUGCCGCUCAACGCUCGUAAGCAUGGCUACUCGCGUGAUGGCAUGAAUUGGUGCAUGCUCAGGGACGCGAAGGUGCUUGCUCAAUAAGAGCUUGAUGGCUGAUCGCUCUGGGUGUAAUGUGAAGGAGGACUUGGGACCGCUUGCAGCGUGUGAGACGAUAUGUUGGAUCAUCAUGAUGUCUGCGUAUUGUAAGCCGCUCAGCCGGUCGUGUGCCAGGUAGUAAGGGUCUCAAUGUUUCUUGGCUUUUUCGGAGGCAUGGCCGAUUCCCCGUCUGGUUCUUCCUAUUUUCGAAUACUUCAUUUAGUCUUUGAGAUUCAUUCUUUCCUUCCUCUCCA